AUGGCCACAUCAAACACCCCAAUGGAAGACAUACUACGAGAACGAAUCACCACUACCCUCUCCCCCUCGCACCUCGAAAUCCACAACGACUCCUCCAAACACUCGCACCACAAAGCCAUGGAGGAUUCUACCUCCAAGGAAACACAUUUCCGGGUCAUGAUCACGUCGGAGGCUUUUGGAGGGAAGGGAAUGAUGGCGAGACAUAAGAUGGUUUAUGCGCUUUUUAAGGAGGAGAUGGCGAGGGAGGGGGGAAUUCACGCGUUGCAGUUGAGGACGAGGACGGAGGCUGAGGAGGAGAAGGAUAAGAGUAAGGAGGAGUCGUGA